CCCGAGCUACUGGAUCAAGCAAUAUCGGUUACGAUGGACACCUUGAAUGAGGAACUAAAGACGCUGGAACGUCUCGCAGCCGUAUAUACAGCUGUCUACCUAAAACUGGCCGCAGUGGAUGAAAAUCCGGAGGUCGUGAGCACGGCCAACGCAGUCGCCGUCGAUGCAAACAAACUGGGAAUCGAUCGGCAUCUGCUCAGGGGCGCUAUAAUUAAUGUGCGUCAACACGCGCUGUUAUUGAGGCAGUUGAGGAAGGACUUGCUGGAAUCGAGACGCAUUCUCGCUGAAGCCAAAGCGAAGCUUCUGGGUAAUCUGAAGAAAGCCAGUGAGACUAUGAAGGAGAAGGUGGCGGUACCCUCCACCGAAGUCAAUUUUGUAAAUCCUAGUGUGUGUGUGUUUAUCAAGGAGACCAGGUCGUGUUUUGGCGCGCGCAGACGGGUUCGCCGACCCUGUCAGCCAAUGCGCCAAUCCCACCUCAGACAACUGAUCGGCUCGGAAGAUGGCCUUAUGCUGCAGGUGGGGUAG